CAGCUGGCACAUCAGCAUAAAAUCCACUGCAACCAGCAACUGUGUGCAAGAAUUGGAGCAAAGAGCUGUGUGAUUUAGCUCGUGCUCCUGAGGUUCAGCUGCUGCUGGCACAGCUUCCAGCUGAUUCAAAGCAAGCCCAGGAGGGACUGAAAAUACAGCUUCUUCCUGAAUCCACUGGCAGAGUUACUAAAGACAGCUCAAGACACAACACUGCAGAGUAACGCCUUGGAAUGUCCUUGCACUUUAUAAACAAUUGUCCUAGGGAGGGAAUAUUUUUACAUGACAUUUGCACAGCUUGACAAAUGGCUAGCUGAGGCUGUGCGCUGCUCUGAUGAACGUUGAAUUUCCCACAGAGACACCCCACAAACUGACCAAAGAGACACAUCUAACUGCACUGGCAAAGUAGGGGAAGUUGGAGCCUUAAAAACACCCCAGCAAAACAACAAACAAACAGCAGCCGUUCCGUGAAGAGAGCAAGAAAUUUAUCUUGGGCAGGAUGGCAUCUGCUCAGGACCUUCUCAUCCUGGCAGUGUAUGGCUUGUUACUAGAGCUACCGGCUGGAUGUCACGCAGCAGAUACGAGGCAACCAAGGUUACGUCUGUCACAUAAAGAGCUCUGGGAUUUAAACAGGACGUCAGUCUUUCGUAGCCCGUUUGGAUAUCUUGGACUUCAUGUAAUGCUGCUGGAUGAGUAUCAAGAGCGACUGUUCGUGGGAGGAAGAGACCUCUUGUAUUCCCUCAGUUUGGAUCGAAUCAGCGACAACUACCGAGAGAUCCAUUGGCCUAGUACACCUCUGCAGGCAGAAGAAUGCAUAAUUAAAGGAAGAGAUGCUGAUGAAUGUGCAAAUUACAUCCGUGUCCUUCACCGAUACAACAGGACCCAUCUUCUGGCUUGUGGAACAGGAGCUUUUGAUCCACUCUGUACUUUUAUCAGAGCUGGACAUCCAUCAGAGGAUCAUCUGUUUCAACUGGAAUCGCACAAAUUUGAGAGAGGACGAGGCAGGUGCCCUUUUGACCCCAGUUCUUCCUUCACCUCCAUCUUAAUUGGUGGUGAACUUUUUGCUGGUCUCUACAGUGACUACUGGGGAAGAGACGCUGCCGUGUUUCGCUCCAUGAACCGCGCGGCCCAUCUUCGCACUGAGCCGGACAAUGAGCGCCUGCUGAAAGAACCAAAAUUCGUUGGCUCAUACAUGAUUCCUGACAAUGAAGACCAUGAUGAUAACAAAGUAUAUUUCUUCUUUACUGAGAAAGCUUUGGAAGCUGAGACAAGCACUCAUGCCAUAUAUACCAGAGUGGGACGUGUAUGUGCGAAUGACAUGGGAGGCCAGCGAAUGCUCGUCAAUAAAUGGACAACUUUCCUCAAAACCAGACUAGUUUGUUCUGUGCCUGGGAGAAAUGGAAUUGAUACACAUUUUGAUGAAUUAGAGGAUGUGUUUUUGCUGCAAACUCGUGAUAACAAAAAUCCAGUGAUAUUUGGCCUCUUCAACACGACAAGCAAUAUAUUCAGAGGAUAUGCUAUAUGUGUUUACCACAUGGCAAGUGUCCGAGCAGCUUUCAAUGGACCAUAUGCUCAUAAAGAAGGACCUGAAUACCACUGGGCUCUCUAUGAAAGAAAAGUACCUUAUCCUAGACCGGGUUCAUGUGCCAGCAAGGUGAACGGUGGGCUGUACACCACCACUAAAGACUAUCCUGAUGAAGCUGUCCAUUUUGCCAGGAGUCAUCCACUGAUGUAUCAGCCCAUCAGGCCUGUUCAUAAGAGACCAAUACUGGUUAAAACAGAUGGAAAGUACAAUCUUAAACAAAUAGCAGUGGACAGAGUGGAAGCUGAAGAUGGGCAGUAUGAUGUUUUGUUCAUUGGCACAGAUAAUGGUAUUGUGCUGAAAGUCAUAACAAUUUACAAUCAAGAGACAGAAUCAAUGGAAGAAGUGAUUCUUGAAGAGCUGCAAGUAUUCAAGAUGCCAGUUCCUAUUAUUUCUAUGGAAAUCUCUUCAAAAAGGCAACAGCUCUACGUGGGAUCUGAGGCAGUCAUAGCCCAAGUGAAGUUCCACCAGUGCGACAUGUACGGCACAGCUUGCGCCGACUGCUGCCUGGCUCGGGAUCCCUACUGCGCCUGGGAUGGGAUCUCCUGCUCCCGCUACUACCCCACAGCAGUGCAGGCAAAGAGACGUUUCCGCAGACAAGACGUUCGGCACGGGAAUGCAGCGCAGCAGUGCUUUGGCCAACAGUUCAUUGGUGAAGUUCUGGAGAAGACUGAGGAGCGACUUGUUUAUGGAAUAGAGUACAACAGCACUCUUCUGGAGUGCACCCCUCGGACCUUACAAGCAAAAGUCAUCUGGUUUGUCCAGCGAGCACAUGAAACUAAGAAGGAAGAGGUGAAGACCGAUGAUAGAAUAAUAAAAAUGGACCUUGGCCUUUUAUUCCUGAAGCUGCAUCGACUGGAUGCAGGGACUUAUUUUUGUCAGACAGUGGAACACAGCAUUGUUCACACUGUCAGGAAAAUCACCCUGGAAAUAGUUGAGGAGGAACGUGUAGACGAAAUGUUCAAUAAAGACUAUGAGGAGGAGAUCCCUCACAAAAUGCCAUGCCCAAUGCAGAGCAGUAUACCUCAGGCUUCAAAGCCAUGGUAUAAGGAAUUUCUUCAACUGAUAGGUUACAGCAACUUCCAGAGGGUGGAAGAAUAUUGUGAAAAAGUGUGGUGUACAGAUAAGAAGAGAAAAAAGCUGAAAAUGUCUCCAUCCAAGUGGAAAUAUGCCAGCCCUCAGGAGAAGAAGGCAAGGAUCAGGCCAGAGCAUUACCGGCUGCCCAGGAACAUAGCUGACUCUUGAUG